ACGAUCAGUGUGUUUUGAUAUCAAGAACAAAAUGUCUCAAAAGAUUUUCUUCGGUUUGUUAUCAAUUUGUUGUUUGAUCGUGAAAUUUGCUGUCGCAGCAAAUAUUCUGUAUUUAUGUGCAUUGCCAUCGCCCAGCCAUCAAGUCUGGAACAGUGCAUUGGCCGAUGGUUUAGCUGCCCAUGGACAUAAUGUGACUGUGAUCGCGCCUGACAUCGUAGAAAAUCCACCGAAAGGUGUUCAUUAUAUUUAUUUGGAAGGGGUCUACAACGACGAAUAUCGUGCACUUCAAAAGAGUUUGUUCAAUGUCACUGAAUUAAUGAAUCCAUUAGUUGAACCGGUCAAUUACAACCGAUACUGGUAUUGGUCAUGCAAAGUAAUUUUGGAAACAAAGGGAUUUCAAACACUGUUACAGUAUCCAGAUGAUUUUAGAGUUGAUUUGAUUGUGUAUGAUUUCACGCCUGGUGCUUGUUUACUUGCUUUUAUGCAUAAAUUCAAAAAUCCACCUCUGGUGUCUGUGACAGCCUACGGGAAUCCAUCUUUGUUGAACUCGAUCAUUGGCGGACAUCAGUAUUAUUCAUACGUGCCUCAUUAUUAUUUGCAUUAUGAAAAUGAUAUGAGCAUUUGGCAACGUUUAUAUAAUUUCGCUGUUCAUAUCAUUGAGUUAUACGAUCGUGGUGCGAAUUUCAAUCCAAAACUUGAUGCACUUGUGCGUGAAAAGUUUGGCCCGGGCUAUCCCAGUAUGACUGAAUUGGAACAACGGACAGCGAUCGCCUUCGUUAAUACAAACCCCACGUUCAACAUUCCGGCGCCGUUGCCCGAAAAUGUGAUUGCCGCUGGAGGGCUACAUAUUAGAGACACAAAGCCAUUGCCAAAGGAUUUGGAGCAAUUUAUUGCUUCAGCCAAAAAAGGAGCUGUCUUAUUUUCCCUUGGAACAAAUAUUCGAUCAAGUCUAAUGGAUGUUGAAAAACAAGAAAUUCUUCUGAAUGCAUUUAAACAUUUCGCCGAUUAUAAUUUCUUAUGGAAAUUUGAAGAUCCAACCAUCGAUUUGAAAUUACCGAAAAACGUUAUGAUCCAAAACUGGCUGCCACAAUCAGAUUUAUUGGCUCAUCCAAAAAUCAGAGCCUUUUUUACACACUCAGGCAUGUUAAGUACACAGGAAGCCAUUUGGCGGGGUGUUCCAAUUCUCGGAAUGCCAUUCGCGUAUGAUCAACAUGCGAAUCUGUUAAAAUCGAUUCGCCUGGGAUUUGCGGAAGGUAUUGAUUUUCAGACAAUGACAACGGAAAUUAUAAAAGAAAAAUUGCGCAAAAUCCUCGAAGAUCCAAAAUACACGAAGAACGCAAGACAAUUAUCUGCUCGAUUCAGAGAUCAAAAAGAAAAACCAUUAGACCGAGCUGUGUGGUAUAUUGAAUGGCUUCUACGUAAUCCAAAUGCUGAGUUCUUGAAAUCGCCCGUGCUUAGACUUGGUUUCAUUAGUGGAAAUUCGUUUGAUGUGAUUGCCAUAAUUACCAUUAUCUUAACGGUCAUCUUAUCGUUUGUAGCUAAAUUGAUAAUUUCUUACGUUCGUCAAGUCAUUCAAGAUUGGGACCAAGGUGCAUAUCGCCUCAAAGCAGAAUGAAGACACUCCAAUAAUUAAAAUCAGAAUCGAAAUCAUAAUGAUUGUUUUAUAUUUUCUUUGCAAAAAUCUGUUUGGAUCAAAAGGAGAAUUUAGAGAA